GAGCACUGCUGCAGAGAAGAGCCACUCUAAAUUGGAAGCUCUCUUUACUCUUUCACGAUUCAGCAGCAGGCAUUGCUUCCUGAGAGACCCAAUCUAAAGAGGAAUCUUCAGCUUGAAAAUGUCAGUGACACGACUCGGGAAAGUGGUUCCCAAAACCAGCAUCCUGUUUCUGUGUGACAUGCAGGAGAAAUUCCGGCCCACCAUCAGCUACUUUCCCCAGAUUGUAUCUGUGGCAGCUCGGAUGCUGAAGGUUGCCAAGGCUCUUGAAAUCCGGACGGUGGUGACCGAACAAUACCCCCAGGGCCUGGGCCCCACAGUGCCAGAGCUGGGUGCUGAAGACUUGCCCAAAUAUACCAAGACAUGCUUCAGCAUGUUUAUCCCAGAGGUGGAGAAAGAGAUGGAAGCUGUUCCCAACCUGAAAUCUGUCCUUUUGUGUGGGAUCGAGACACAGGCCUGCAUCAUGAGCACAGCGUUGGACAUCAUGGAGCGAGGCCUGGAUGUUCACGUCGUGGUGGAUGCCUGCUCUUCCCGCAGCCAGGUGGAUAGGAUUGUGGCUCUGUCCCGCUUACGUCAGAGUGGUGCCUUCCUCACUACCAGCGAAGGGCUCAUCCUACAACUGGUCAGAGAUGCGGCACAUCCCCAUUUCCGAGAGAUCCAGAAGCUGAUUAAGGACCCCGCCCCAGACAGCGGCCUACUUCCUUUCCUGAAAGAACCAAACCCCCUUUCCAGCUAGGCUGGCUGCUCCAAGCGAUGGCUCUCCUCCUCCUCCUCCUCUGAAGCAUGUCCAGCCACUUAGUUUGGUCACUGCCACCCUUUGGGUAUGAGACAAAUGGAAUCAAGAUAUGCAAAGUUAAUUCUUAUACAGGAGAUGAUGAAGUAGCCUGCUUGGAAAUCUUGUACCCCAUUUGUCAACUUAUGGGUUUCUCUGUGGUUAUUCAGUGGGAUAGAAACAUUGUUUUUGUGCACAAGUUUGAGAGCAUGGCCCCAGGUUCAAAUUUAGUCCUUCUCUCUCUCUCUCUCCCCCUCUCCCCCUCUCUCUCUCUCUCCCCCUCUGCUUAUAGAUGGAAAGACUGCACCCAGGCUUACUGGUGUCGUCUCACAGAUCUGUACAUUUUUCUUGGUAUUUAACGUAUAUGCAAAGGAACUGGAAUUCUCCACUUAUAAAAAAUAGCAGAUUCUCCAACCAGAAACAAUCCGCAAUUAGAAUAAAUGAUGUUGAUUUAUUUUUGCACAAA